GCCCAUUCACCGUAUUUGCUCCUAAUGAUGCAGCCUUCAACAAACUACCAGACGGAGUUGUUGCUGACUUAGUUAAACCGGAAAACAAAGCAACAUUAAGCAAAAUCUUGCAAUAUCAUGUUACUGCCCAAAAUCUAACAUCUACUGCUAUCCUAGCAAUGGCUCUGCCAAUUAAUUUGACUAUGUUAACUAGCAGUAACACCAUAGUAAGCAAAAAUGGAGCCAAUCUGAAAGUUAAUGAUGGCGUUGUCGUUAAACCUGAUGUUUAUGCUACAAAUGGUAUAAUUCAUGUUCUGGAUUCAGUUAUUCUACCAGCCCUUGAUAUCGUCGAAACGGCUGUUACAAAUGGAGCAUUCAAGACUUUAGUUACAGCUAUUCGAGCUGCUGGACUUGAAGCAACACUCAAAGGUACAGGUCCAUUUACAGUCUUUGCUCCUACCGAUGCAGCUUUCAAUAAGCUACCACCUGGAACUGUCGCCGACUUACUCAAACCUGAAAACAAAGAUAAAUUAGUUCGAAUUCUUCAGUACCAUGUUCUAGGCGGAAGAGUAUCGUCUGCUGAUAUCAAUGGUAUGACUCUACCUGUACAAGUAAAUACUGUUGCAAAUGUUCAAGUAAUUGUAGACAAAAAUGGGAAUGCUAUUAAAGUAAAUGGUGCCACAGUUACUACAAUUGAUGUUUCUAACACAAAUGGUUUAAUUCAUGUUAUUGAUCAAGUUCUUCUACCUCCAACAGACAUUGUUCAAACUGCCACUGAUCAAAAGUUCACUACUUUAGUUACUGCUAUAACCGCUGCUGAUCUUGUAACAGCACUCAAAGGUACAGGUCCAUUAACAGUCUUUGCUCCUACAGAUGCAGCAUUCAAAAAGCUAC